AUGAUACCACUCUUUUAUUUUGUUGCUUUAGUUCUCUUGGGAUGUGUAGCUUGGCUUUUUCCAGCGCUAUUCGUAAAAAAAAGGUUCAAAAUUGAGAGAAAAAAUCUAUCAGUAGCUCCUGUGGAUGAUUAUUUCAACUGGAAAGUAGUUCAACCUACAAUAAGUCUUCCUUUUAAAAAGUCCUAUGCUAUGAGUAUGGGGAUACGCCGCUGUGCAGUCGAAGACUGGCUCCUAAUCGAAAAUACGUACCUAGCUCGAGUCAAUGAACGUAAAAGAAUUGUCAAGAGUCAUAAAAAUCAAACAGUUUAUUCCCAUGAAAGCAGUUUCGAUGCAAUUGAAGAGCUCUAUUCAACAGUGAUCACAUUCCUUGCAUCACGUUACCCCAAAAUAUUUUACCAGAAUGACAAGGAUGCAUCAAUGAUCCAAAAUUCUAUCACAGGAGAAGAAAUACCUCUUUCUACUAAAGGAACAAGUGCAGAUCAGCAGCUCUUGAACUUGAGUAAAUCAGUUGAAGAAGAUUUCUUACUUUUAAUUAAGGAUCCUCUCGACAACAAUAUAUAUAAGUUGAGAGGCGGUGUAUGGUGCUUUCCUAAUGGAUUUGACCCUGCAGAAAAGUUCAACAGAACGAUGAAUGAGAUUCAUUCACCAAUCCCUCAUCUAAACGAAAAGUUGGGAUUAUCCAUAGACCGUUUUUUUGCAAGGAUGAAAGAUGGAUCCUUCGUCUCCAGAAACAACUGGGCUGUACAGACUCAUUCAAAUUUGUUUCUGAUUUCAAACACUCACUCCUAUUCGCACGACGAAAUCAUUAAACCUCUUACUCUUGACGAUGUAGAUUUGAGUGAGAUAUAUGUGAGAAGCGAAUAUCAAGUCUUAACCAAGUUACCAAAAUCUGAUGCCAUAGUAUUUACAAUUAGGGCAUAUAUGUUCACAUUGUCACAAAUCAAAGAGCAAGGGUUGGGUAAUGCCUUUUGCGAUGCUAUCGAUGGUCUCCCAGAAAGCUUCGGCAUUUACAAAAGACGUCCGGAAUGGAAACAAGUAAUUAGAGACUAUCUUUUGAAUACAACGUUAGUAUAG